AUGACUAACAAUAGAAAAGGCGGUGGUGCUGAAGAAGCUCAAUGGCCACCAAGAUCUCCCCGAGAAGCGUUUUUAAGUACACCCGGCGGUCGCGAUCGAUUGCGACGAUUCGCAACAGGAUUUUCUCCAACUGCAUCUCCUACGAAACGACCUACUGCGUCGCAAUCACCACAUGCUACCGGCAAAGAUCGAUUGAAAGCUGAUAUGUAUAUGGAAGAAAUGGGGGAUGACGAUGAAGAUGACGAAGAAACUUUGCAGUUAAAAUUGCAAGAAAUUCAAGCGCGACUUCGAUUAAAGAAGUUACAGAAGAAGAACAAGCAAAGUUCGGAUUCAGAGGGCGAGAAGAACGAGAACAUCGAGAUCCACAGGCCCGCAUCGAUUCUUUUGAGAGCAACUUCUGCAGCGACAAAUAGAGCGCCCUCGAGAUUACCAGGAUUAAGAGAGACAGAAUUGAGAGAUAGGCAGUUACAGCGCCCAAAAUCACGCGCUGAAAUCAAUGUUCCAGCAUCACCAACGCGUCGGGCUCAGCCUGCCGAACUUCCACGUUCACCGGGAAGGGUAUUACUCGGCAUAGAUAAGGGUUUGAGAGGAACAGAUAUUUCUCUGAAGAGAGCACCAACUUUGAGGAAGAAUUUGGAAACAGACUUCAACAAUUCGAAGCGAACUGGGCCAUUUCUACAAAGAAGUCAUUCGCAAGCUGGAAAUCGGGCAUCUUCAUCGCAAAAUUCCAGCCAGGAUGAGAAACCGAAAUCUUUCAGCGAAAGAAUGGCUGCAGCUAGGAUUACAGAUACCGAGCGACAGGAGAGAGCUGCUCGUAUCAAAAAGAGCCGCAGCUCAACAUUUGAUAUAGACCAAAAGCAGAUGGAGUCGUUCAAAAAUAAUGCGGUUGAAUUGCCAAACCAUCCCGCUCCCACCAAAGAAUUUACUCGAGAGGAGAUCUUGAAUUCCUAUAAUAGACCAAGCGGAGAAUUGAGGCGACAUAAGACUACCUCGAAUUUGCGUUCAACCUUGACAAACGACAAUGAAACAUCCACCAAACCAGUUUCACAAGGUGUUCAAGCUUCCUCGGAUAGUUCGAGACGUUCAGGAUUGAAGAACAGCGAUGAAAUAUGCACUGGCCUGAGAAGAGGCUCACAAGAUUCUCAAGGUUCCAUUGAUACCUCGAGGCGUUCGGCAUUGAAAAAUGGCAAUGAAACAUCCACCAAACCGAAUUCUCAGAGUUCUCAAAGUUCAUUUGAUACUCUACGUUCAGCAAUGAGGAAUGGCACUGAAACAAAGUUCUUAAAUAGGCCAAAUUCACGUGAAAAUAGACCUGAUUCACAAAACAAAAAUACAGAUGUACAAAGUUCUUUCGAUAGUUUGAGAAGAACACGGCCAGACAGCAAUCCCACUAAAGUUCUAUCAGACCCUUCCGAUGGCGAAGCCUCGCAAUUCGAGCCAUAUUCUUCCUCUCACCUCUCCAAACGAAUCAUUCCUCACCAAGUACUCACCCGAACCCUUCAAGGAAAGAAAACUUUCGUCAUAGCCGAUUUACUCAGGACAGUCAAAGCUCCUGACUUUGCUGGUCCCGAGAUUGAAGAAGAUGUAGUUGUGUUUGCAACCAUCGCCGCGAAAUCUGCACCCCGUGCGCACCAGGACCAAGCUAAGAAUGGCGGCAAAUUUAUGGUCCUUACCCUUACCGACCUCAAAUGGGAAAUUGAACUUUUUCUUUUCAAAACAGCAUUUGAAAAAUUCUGGAAGCUCACAUCUGGAACUGUGAUUGCGCUCCUCAACCCUGGGUUUAUGCCUCCAGCUCGGGGGAAGACCGACACAGGCAAAUUUAGCCUUACACUCAACUCAAGUGACGACACUAUACUCGAAAUCGGCACGAACAGAGACCUGGGAUAUUGUAAGAGCGUCAAGGGAGACGGUAAGAAUUGUGAUACCUGGGUCAAUAAACGACACACCGAAUUCUGCGACUAUCACGUCAACCUUUCCCUUACUAAGACCCAUGCAAACCGCAUGGAAGUCAAUACUAUGAAUUUUGGCCCUAAACGCAAUUAUGGCGGAGGUGGAACAGAACGAAGAUACAAAUCUCAGGAUGUGACAGGCUAUAAACAACGCCGAGAAGAACUCAAGAAGGGAGAAAAGACGAAAUAUGACAGAGAAAGCCAUAGUCAAAUAUACAUCGGCAAAAGAAGUGCCGUAAACUUGUUGGACGACGUCGAUUUCGAUCCCGAUGCUUUCCACCGAGGAAGUACAAAGGAAGACCGAAUGACGAGACAGCUCCUAGCUCAAGAGAAAGAGAGAGAUCUUGGCAGGAAAUUGGGAAUGGUGGGUGGAGGGCUUGGAGCCGAUUACAUGAAGAGGCGGAAUCCGGUACAUCCUAACCCGCAAGAUAUCAAGGACGGUGGGUACAGAGAGCCAUCUCCACCAGAUGCCAGAAAGCUCGGCCUUAUCGGCACUAAGCCCUCUGUUCGAUUGAGUCCUAUUAAUAAGCGCAAGCGAGUCAAUACGAUUGGUGGGCUAAAAAAGAAAACUCGCUUCGUGACGGAAAAGGGGAUUAGAGAGGCGGGAAGAGAGAGCCUGGGGGGUGCUGAACUGGAUAUCGAAUUAGAUUAG